UUAAGUAGAUUAAGGAGUGCUGGUACCGGAGUUACGUGUACGGAUGAGAGUUGCUGACUGGGGAACGUCGUUUAUUGCAUUUUCGUUGUAUGUAAACAGAGCAACGAACAACCCUGUGAUAGACACUCGAAAUUUUGGAAGUAUCACAAUGAGUACACUGAAAUUACCACAAAGAAUAAAUGGAGUUUUAUUAGACAUAACAGGUGUUCUCAAGGACGGAUCGUCUGCCAUACCUGGCUCUGUCGAGGCUGUAAAUAGGUUGAAAAAAGCCGGGCUGGCCAUUAAGUUACUAACGAAUGAAACUCAGGUUACUAGAUCGUCGUUAUGUUUGACGUUAUCAAAAAUGGGUUACUGCGUUACGGAACAUGACAUUAUUCCGCCAUGCCCUGCUCUGGUUGACCUUUUACGAAAAGAAAAACUACGGCCACAUCUUCUUGUACAUCCAGACGUAUUAUCAGAAUUUGACGGCCUCAACAAGGAAGACCCUAACUGUGUUGUUGUCGGCGACGCUGCGGAAAACUUUUCGUACGAGAAUCUUAAUAAAGCGUUUCGAAUUUUGAUCGAUAUGGAUAAGCCGCGGCUUUUUUCCAUGGGCAGAGGUAAAUACUAUAGAGAGAAAGGAGACUUAGUUUUAGAUGUUGGUGUAUUCACCACAGCAUUAGAAUAUGCUACAGGUGUCUCCGCCGAAGUUGUUGGGAAACCACUUGCCUCUUUUUUUCACUCAGCGCUAUCUGCAAUAGGAGUAAAACCUGAAGAAGCUGUUAUGGUUGGUGAUGACAUUGAAUCAGAUAUCGGGGGAGCACAAGCUUGUGGAAUAGCAGGUAUACUUGUAAGAACUGGUAAGUUUCGUCCAUGUGAUGAAAAGCACCCGAGGGUAAAACCGGAUGUUAUUGUUGAUGAUCUUGCGGAAGCGGUCGAUAUCAUUGUUCAGUCAAGGAAUUAGCUUUAAAAUACAAGCGCUUACAGUUUAAUUUGCAUUUUUGUCUUGUGACAGCAUGUAUGAUAUUAAGAAACUGUAAUACUGUUGAUUUGCACAGCUGUAUGGUGAAUGAAACUUAAGUUGAAAAGUUAAGUUUUGUUGUACCAUCCCCUUAGAUUAUUCCAUGUUACAAAUCAUUUUUGAGAAUAAACUUUAAUCAGAUAUCAAAUGAUUGUAAAUUAUAUAAAUGUAUUUUUUAAUGUUGUAACACAAGUGAUAAAAGUUCACAAAUAUAUUUGUAAACUAAUUCCCAUUACAUCAUUAAGAUGUCACAAUUUAUGUAUAGAGCCAAAGUUCUGAACAAAUGUUCAUAACUCUGUUAUGUGUGAGGUUCAUGUUGAAAAGUUUCAGUAUGAGCUCAGGCUAAUGAUGUACAUAAGUAAUAAGUUAUUGAGCAGUAAUUUAUUAAGUGUUUUAAAACUGCAGAGACAAUCAUAUACUCUAAUAAAAUUCAGGAACCACACAUUGUCAGAUAGUGAAGUUGCUGUAAAAUUGAUUACUUAAAUAAUAUGGUCUGAAACUCGUCUAAAUGCUAUAUUCAAAAUUAUAGUUAUCUUACAGCACCCAAUAACUUCUCUUCAUUAGAUGAAUUUUUUCAAGUGGAGGGUACAUAGUAAGGUGAAACACACAUUAAGAUAGAUCUGUUUAUGUAGUAGUUAAAUUUUGGAUUAUGUACUCUUAUUGUUAAGUACUUGGUUGUUAUCAUUCUGUUUGAAUGUAACCUGGAAUUUUGCUGAUAAUUAAAUCUCAACAGUGUAUUUGAGGAGCAAAUAAA